CAGUGAGCCGGGCCGGGGGGUGAUAUGGAGCUGCUUACAGCGUUUCAUUAUUUGUAUUUAGGAUGGAGAGUUUAUGGGCAGGCGAGACAGCGGGAGGAGUCCGAGGUCUGGAACUGAGAAGGAGGAGGAAUCACCGAAAAAGGGGAGUAGUAGAAGGCUGCUUUUUUUUUUUUUUUUUUGGAGAGGAGUAAGCUGCCUGUUUUUGGAACGGAGAAUUAAAAAAGAAACCCUAUUUUUUUAUAUAGUGUAUAUUACUAAUUACAUGUGAAGGCAUUUCAGAAGAAUCGGCGCAACUACAAUGGAGUUGCUCGGGACCUUAAAUUGUCAAUUUGACUGAGAAACGGAAAGAGGAUAUAUAAUAAAAACGAACUCUUAGUGAUUCACUGAGAGAAGAUCAUAUAUAUUUUUUUGUUUUGUUUCAUGGUUUAUAAAAUUGGAAGAAAACAUCAGAUCUUAUUGAAACUAAAACAGGCUGAGCAGAUUUAAACGAAAAAAGACAGUACUGUGAAGUGUAAACGCUGCUGUGAGUUCGUGAGGGUGUGUCUGCUUCUCCCACCAUGAGCUGGGCCUUCCUGACACGGCUGCUUGAGGAGAUCCACAACCACUCCACCUUCGUGGGGAAGCUGUGGCUGACCGUGCUCAUCGUGUUCCGCAUCGUGCUGACGGUCGUGGGCGGCGAGUCCAUCUACUACGACGAGCAGAGCAAGUUCGUGUGCAACACGGCCCAGCCGGGCUGCGAGAACGUCUGCUAUGAUGCCUUCGCCCCGCUGUCCCACGUGCGUUUCUGGGUCUUCCAGAUCAUCCUGGUGGCCACGCCCUCCGUCAUGUACCUGGGCUACGCCGUGCACAAGAUCGCCCGCAGCGAGGAGGGGCGCGGCUGCCGGCAGGGGGGCUUCGGCUGCGACAGGAAGCAGCGACGCAAGCUGUUCAGGGGGGACAGGAAGCAGCACCGUGGCAUCGAGGAGACCGAAGAGGACAACGAGGAGGAGGACCCCAUGAUCUACGAGGAGCCCGAGCUGGAGAGCCGCAGCGAGGGGAACAGCGCGGGCGCUGCGACGCAGGCCAGGACCGCACCGGGGAAGGCAGGGCGGCACGAUGGGCGCCGGCGCAUCAAAGAGGACGGGCUGAUGAAGAUCUACGUGAUGCAGCUGCUGGCACGCACCUCCCUGGAGGUGGGCUUCCUCGGGGGGCAGUACGCCCUGUACGGCUUCGAGGUGUCCCCCGCCUACGUGUGCGAGCGCAGCCCCUGCCUCCACAAGGUGGACUGCUUCAUCUCGCGCCCCACCGAGAAGACCAUCUUCCUGCUCAUCAUGUACGCCGUCUCCCUGCUCUGCCUAGUCAUCAACCUGUGGGAGAUGCUGCACCUGGGCUUGGGCACCAUUCACGAUGUCCUGCGCAGCAAACACCAGCCCCCUGAGGAGGGGCACCACCUCCCCCAGCCCCCCGGGGGCCCCACCAGCGCCCCCUACUCCUACCCCUUCACCUGGAAUGCCCCCUCCGCGCCUCCCGGCUACAACAUCGUGGUUAAGCCGGAGCAGAUCCCCUACACUGACCUCAGCAACGCCAAGAUGGCCUGCAAGCAGAACAAAGCCAACAUCGCGCAGGAGGAGCAGCAGCAGUACGGCAGCAACGAGGACAACUUCCCUGGCACCGGCCCGGCCGCGGAGCAGAGAGAGAUCCGCGCCGCUCAACACAGGUUGGAGGCUACCAUCCAGACCUACAACCAGAACCACCACAGCCCACAACACCAGCACCAGAACAUCUCCAGCGCAGCCAAGGACAACAAGAAGCAGCACAAGCCUGGCUCCAGCAGGAGCGUGAGGGGAGGAGGGGGAGCCAGCAGCUGCAGCAGGUCCCUGGGAGGGAAGUCCUCCGUUUGGAUUUAGAGACGAACGAGCGAGCAGACUGUCAUUCACUUUUCUUUUCUCUUUUCCCUGCCUCCAUGUUUCAGGAGCAGGACAGUGGCGCUACAGGUUUGGAGACCCAGACCCUGCUUGCAUUGCAAAGACUCAUCACAGAGUCACUGCUCCUGGACCUUUAGAAAGACUCAUCACAGAGUCACUGCACCUGGACCUUUAGAAAGACUCAUCACAGAGUCACUGCACCUGGACCUUUAGAAAGACUCAUCACAGAGUCACUGCUCCUUGGUUUAUUUGUUAAAUCAGCCCUAUAACUUAUAAACAAGUUAUUUUUUUUUCUUUGAGGAUAUUGAAAGAAAAGAAAAACUUGCUAUUAUUAUUAUUAUUAUUAUUAUUAUUAUUAUUAUUAUUAUUAUUAUUAUUAUUCUAUAUUUGUACAUACUGUAUAUGUAAACGCAGUAUCUUACUAUAAGAAUAUUUCCAUUUGUUAAAAAAAAAAAAAAUAAUUCUACUGGUAUUUUCCGGGUAUUUCCAAUUUUUUUCCGUGCAGGGGUUUGGGGAAAUAAAAAGCUGUGAAUGCUGCUUUUCCCACAAGUGCCUUCCCUGCAGACACGGGGGGUUAGCUUUGAAAAGCAAUCAAAGAGAAUAGAUAGCUCAUCAGUUUACCUUUUACUGGCAUGAACAGGGAUGGAAAUAAAAUUCCCAUUGCACAGCGGUUUGAGCCAUUCCUGGUUUUACUGUGAGUUUAAUAAGACACACCUGAGCUUAUUACCUAGACACUGGGGCUAAUCAUCCUUGUGUAGUAAAACCUGAAAUGGUUGAAACUGCUAUGCAAUAGGAGUCUUAUUCCCAUCCCAGCUGAAUAUUGAGAGGUCUGUUCCCUGUGUUGAAAUGUCAGCAGUAACCAGCCGGCACAUACCGGCUAUGAUGUCCUCGUUGGCAUUUACUGUUUCGAGAUCUAGUUCCUUGGCUGUCUUGUUGUAAGAGGUGGGAGCUUCAAAACACCCAUUUAAGCCUCAUUAAAGGUCAUGGAGGUCUCACUGUAGAAAUCACAUUUGUCUUCUAAGUUUCUUUAACCGAACUUAAGCCCUCUGCUCAUACACUCAGUUUAUACUGCACGGGUAUUCGAUAGCCGCUUAAGCGACCUUUAUUAAAAGAAAGCUGACAUGUGAAUUCAGGCAGCCCGCUUUCUCAGGCUGAGGUCUCAUAAGGAGCAGCUAAUGGAAAGCUAGUUUAGUGAGGCUGUGAUGCAGUCCUCAGGGUGAGGAAUCCCGUCACGGGGAUUUGAAACGUGGGGCACCCUGUACUCUGUGUCUUUUUUUUUUAUGUUGCUGUUUAGUUGCAUGUUCUAUAUUACUGCACUCUGAAGAAUUCCAUGGCUUCAGUUCUUGCUUUGCAGAGACAUCUGUUGGUCCAAAGUGGUAGUGCAGUUUUAUUUGCUCCAUCUUUGCCACCGUGGCCAGCAAGGCUUCAAGCCGGGUAGGUCCACUGUUCUGUAGCCUGGUUGGUCCUCAAAACAAAACGCACUCUGCAGUGUUCUGAGAAUAACUGCAGGAAUCUCUGCAGAACAGAGUUUUAUACCCGGAACGUGAGGGUGUAUCAGGGCAUGAAGUGUAAAGAAUAGGGCAGAGUUUUUUAUUCAUUGACAAAUAUCAGUUAUACCUCAAAAAGAAGCGAGAUGACAAAGCCAGUUUUCCACACCUGUGUGUGAAAUGCCAUUGUGGGAUCUGGAGGACGCCUUGAAAGAUGCAUUUCUUUGUAUUGCAAAAAACUAAUAUUUUUGUGAGGCUAAUGGAGCUCCAUUAUUUAUACAGAAGGGAGAGGCAACUGUUUGUUUGCCUUGUGUCGCCAACCAAUGAUUGGUUUGCAGUGCUAGAGGGAGGGACCAAGGCUAAACACCAGCCAAUAGAAACAGAUUUGACAGUUAAACCACAUGAUUAACUAGAGAUUGCAUUUCCAGAAAAUGUCAGUAGUCAUUUUGAAUGUCUCCGAAGCAUCUCCUGGGAGCUCCUUUAAUAAGCAGUGGCACACAGUCACUGCUGACGAGUGCAGGUCUCACUGGGAUUCUGUUUAGAAGGUGGGUUCAUUGUUUUGGGGAAACUUGAGAAAUAUGAGAAGCAGGAGGCUUAAUGACAUUUAUUUAUAUAUAUAUUGCUGUAUUUAGUUUUAAAUUGACAAGGUUGGUGCCUUUUGUUGAUAAGAGCCUGCCUGUUUUUUUGUUGCUGUGCAGAGAUCUCUCUAUGCCGAGUGCUAAUCUUGGACCAUUCCAGGUUAACAUGAGCAAACUGUGUUAGUGCAGAGCGGCCCACAAAUGUUUUGGGAAGUUCGUCCCAAAUUGUCGACACAGCACUUUUAUCCCUUGCCUAAUGAGAAGCCGAUAGCUCUGUUUAAGCCACAUUUAAGUGGGAGAUCUUUAAUGUUAUUGCAGUGUAUCUGGAUAUUUUGU